AUGCGACCGGCUGGCGGCACGACGGAGUUCUCCCCGACGGCGCGGCGGCGGAGCCCCAGGCAGGCGGCUGGAGCCAGAGCCCGCCGCACCAGGCCCUCGGAGCCGGAGGCGUACGGCUUCGUGGGAUCCAUCGCCGCGGUCGCCGCCGCGCUCGCGUACCUCGCGUGGGCGUACGCGCCGGCGCCGUGGCUCCACCACAUCGGCGUCACCUACUACCCCAACAAGCGCUGGGCGGUGGCCGUUCCGGCGUUCGUGCUGGCGGCUGCGGCGCAGGUCGUGAUCUUAUACGUGGCGUCCAACUUCCUGCUCUCUCCUCCGCCGGCUUCCUUCGACACCAUCUCCGAUGAACACGCCCGUUAUCGGGCGUCGUCUUCCCCGGGAACGGGAGCAGACCGACCCGUCGAGCCCAUCUCGGACAUCGGCAUUGACAGGAUGAACCAUCUCAUGUUUGGCGAUCAAGGCAGCCGCUGCAUUCAGUUCCAAGAGGACGGACUCAACUGAACACACAAUUCUGUAGCAGUACUUUUAUCCGAUUGCUGUGCACGAGUUCUGUUUUGCCUUUCCAAGUUCCAUUACUGAAGUGGCAUUCGCAUGCCCUACAAAUUACAGUACAGCUGCUCACUACCGCAACAUACAAUUAUGUACC